GCGGUGCGACGUCACAUCGUCGGACGUCGUCCCAGCGCUCGCAUUCUAUCCAGGUCAGACUACAAGACACGUCUAGCCGUUCUGUUCUCUUCAUCUUCACCACCAUGGCAGACGACGUAGGCACGCUCAUCCGCGAGGUCCUCCCCCCUGUGCCCGAUGCCCUGCGCACCAAGUACGCGCCGCUCUUCACGACCGACGACGUGGGACCCCUCGACGCCGUCCUGGAGAAGGAGUAUCCCGAAGCGACGCGCCGCCGCCGCGCGCUCCCCGCCACGCUCGCGGCCUUCUCGGACCUCAGCGACCAAGCGGCCAUCGACGCCUGGCUCACGCAGUACGCCGCGGGCGUCAAGGCCAUCCACAACCCCGAUACAAAGUACGACACGUACCUCCCGAGCUGCUUCUAUGCGUGGCUUGCGCGCGAGGGCGACCACGACCUUAGUCACAACUGGAGCGAGGCGCUCGCCGUCGCGGGCCAGCGUGACGUCUCGUACACCGAUAGCCAGUUCUUCUUCCCCGUCGCGCUCGACGACCGCUGGGCCCUCGUGCACAUCAGCUACGUCGAGGACCGCGUGACGCUGUUCGACCCGGCCGGCGACGGUGAAGAGGUCUUGGACGUGGUGCAAGCACACAUCGCGGCGGCGGACAAGGCGCACUACGGCAAGACGCACCGUCUCGGCGCGCAUGUCCUUUCCUGCGGGCGCGUGUCCAAGGCCAACUCGGCGCUCGUGGUGUGCGCCGCGCUCGAGGUCUUCCCGUCCCGCCACUACCGCGACGAGCGGAGCGCCGCGUUCGACCGCCUCGCCGAGGCCAUCGAGGCCGACACGCCGCUCGCGGAGCUCGUCGGCGCCCAAGUCGAUGUGGGGGGACAGAGGGCGAGCGUGCGCGGAGGUAUCCGUGCUGCGCUGCUUGACCGCGCCAAGUUUACGUGGGCGACAGGCGUGCCUGUGAAUGCUGAGGGCAUCGCGGUGCUCGCGAAGGCGUAG